AUGAUGGUACAACAUUCGUUGCAUCGGUCGAAGGAGAAACUGCAUUACACCGAAGCACAGCAACACCUCGCUGAGACGACCAGCUUCGAGCGAGCUCAGCGCAACUCUAUUGAUGAUCUCACCCUCUUACUUCGCUUUAUCUGUGAGGAUGCUAAUUUGUCUGGGACUGUUCUGAACCUGCCAUUAGAUUCUUUGUUCGGAGAUAAUACGAAUAAAAUUAUCUCUGAAGAAUUAUUUACUUCCCAAGGUGUAUUUAAUGCAAAACCUCUGGAGGUUUCCGACCAACUUCUUAAGAACAAACCCCAGUCUCCGUUAACUCUUAUUUCUUUGUCAAAUGCUCUUCAAUAUGCUUAUGGCGAGCUUCGCACCCAGCAAAUAUCAUGGAAAACGGCUCUUAAUGGCUUUCAUUCUGAGCUUGCUGAGCGUGAUGACAGAAUUCUAACCCUUGAAUCAUCAGAGCAACACCUUCGCAAGUUGCUUCAAGCUGAACAAGAGCGUGAGAAGCACUGGAGGGGUGAUGCGAAUAUGCUGGUAGAAAGGAAAUCGUUAAAAGAGCUUAUUACCGAUCAGAAAUCUCUUUUGCAAACAGUUACCAAAGAGCGUGACACUUUCCAGAAGCAGUGGUUGGAGUUAAAUCAAGACUACAUUGCUAUGGAACGGCGUAAUGGCAUUUUACAUGAACGCUGCUCGGAAAAAGAGUAUGAAAAUGCCAGGCUUACUGCUCUUGUAGAGUCUCUUCGCAGUGCCAGUAGGAGCCGAGUAUUCUUUCCUUCUACCGUCUCUCCUGUCGGAGAUAAAGUACUACACACCUAUUUCGAAGUGGAAAAGCCUUUAGAAAAGGGAAAGUCUCUCAGCCACGAAGAUAGCGUUGACUAG